GAGUGAUAAUUACAGGGUCUGGAGGAGUCCAGGCUAUAUAACGGGAGAGUUUGCCGCCCCUCCCUCGCCCAAACCACGCUGUCCAACGGGUGCAGCUCACUCAGCAUCACCAUGAGACUCUCUGCCUUCUUGGUGAUCCUUUUGCUUUUCCUCCUCCAGGGCGUUCUGCCUCCCACGGUGGCCCAAGGAAGGACCCUGCGCUUCGUCACGCUGGUGUAUCGUCAUGGUGACCGAUCCCCGCUGGGCACCUACCCCACAGACCCCCACAAAGCAGCAGUCUGGCCACAGGGUUUCCAGCAGCUUACAGAGGUAGGCAUCUUGCAACAGAAGGCACUGGGUCGUUUCCUCAGACAAAAAUAUGCUGGGUUUUUGAGUGCCUCCUACAAACCAGAAGAGAUAUACAUCCGCAGCACCGAUUAUGAUCGCACCAUAAUGAGCGCCCAAGCCAACCUGAUGGGGCUAUAUCCAACCUCAGACCCUGAGAUUUGCUGGAGACCAGUCCCCAUCCACACAGUGCCUACUAAGUAUGACAAGCUGCUGAAGCCACCAACCCGGACCUGCCUACGAUACCAGCAACUGAUGGAAGAGACUAUUACUCUGCCAAGCUAUCAGGCUAAAAUGAAAGCCUGGAAGGGCUUCAUUACAGAGAUGGCAAACUAUACUGGACUAAAACCAGAGCAGCUGACCCUCAGAAGCCUUUGGCGGAUACAUGACUCCCUCUUUUGCCAGAAAACCCACAACCUGAGUUUGCCGAGCUGGGCCACCCCACAAGUAAUGAGGACGCUUUCGGAGAUGGAAGCUUUUAAUGUUGAAGCCCAUGUGGGAAUGCAUGCUGGCCAGGAGAAGGCCCGCUUUACUGGAGGGCUGCUGCUGGGUGCUAUCCUGAGCAACUUCUCCAAAGUUGUGUGCAGAGAUCUGCCCCUAAAGAUGAUCAUGUAUUCGGCUCACGACAGCACCUUAAUUGCUCUCCAAGGAGCCCUGGGCGUCUACAAUGGUCAACCACCGCCAUAUGCUGCCUGUCACGGAUUCGAGUUCUACCAAGAAAGCAAUAAUUCAGUCAGUGUUGCGAUGUUCUACCAGAAUGGAAGCAGCCACCGUGCCCACACACUAGCCCUGCCUGGCUGCCCCACACCCUGCCCCCUACCGCUCUUCAUUCACCUCACCCGUGCAGUGGUCCCACAGGACUGGGAUGCUGAGUGCCAAAACCCUCAGCGGGGCACAGGGCGCACCGUGACAGCUCUGGCUGUGGCAGUGGGUCUGCUGAGCACAGCAUUAAUUGGAGUGGGCAUCUUGUACUGCAGAAGACAUAUCCUUUUUAAAAACUGUAACUCAUCAUCAAGUUGGAACUCAUCAAUGCCGCACUUUUCAGCAGACGUAGCUGAGAUCUGGACACAAAGGUGGAAUGAAGAGAUUCACCACCAGUCGAAGUUUCAUCUGGUACAGCAGACCAGCAUCACAACUGUAUGCUAGUGCCUGUUUCAUAGAUCUCUCACCACAAUACAUCAUAAUGCGGCCUACCACGACUGCCUCUAGUAAGAGCCACCACUGUGAAAAGGGCAACUUUAUUUGGACUAGCUACAAUCAACUUGCUAAUGUGUGUGAACAGUACUCCAAUGCAGUUUAAGAAACAGCUUUGGGAGGUGUGUGCACUAAACCCUUUCCCUGCUUGCUGUUUUUCCCAAUCAAAAUCCUCCACAUGUGCCUUUUCCACCCACAGGAUUCUAGAUAUGCAUUUACUUUGCAAAUAGCAUCUGGAACCCAGCUGGGGUUGGGGGAGUCUAAUGGAGAAAAGGUUAAAUGCCUUCACCCACUCUAAAUUCCCAAUUCCUCAGCUCUUUAAAAAAACAACAUAUCUGGGACACUGACAUGUGAUCGCUUGUUAAGGUAUAGUUGGUCCCCUAUGUAUUACCAUGUAGUCAGUCCCCAUGUUUCAAUACAGGUUAAUUUUAAUAGCAAUAAAGUAUAGUUCUUCAU